AUGGGCCGGCUGCUGAGGGCCGCGGGGCAGACGCCGCUGCUGCCGCUGCCGCUGCCGCCGCUGCUGCUGCCGCUGCUGCUGCUGCUGGCCGGAGGAGCAUCCCUGGCCACGUGUGCAGCCGGGUCUGAGGAGCCUGGCCCGGAGGGCCUCCCCUCCACCUCCCUGCUGGACCUCCUGCUGCCCACUGGCCUGGAGCCGCUGGAGUCAGAGGAGCCCAGCGAGGCCAUGGGACUGGGGGCUGGCCUGGGAGCCCCUGGCUCUGGCUUCGCCAGCGAAGAGAGCGAAGAGUCCCGCAUCCUGCAGCCGCCACAGUACUUCUGGGAAGAGGAGGACGUGCUGAACGACUCUAGUCUGGACCUGGGGCCCACUGCAGAUUACGGUUUUCCAGACCUGACUGAGAAGGCUGGUCCCAUAGAGGAUACCGGCCAGAGUCGAGAGGGGGUGAGCCUCCCGUCUCCCCUGCCCAAGACGAGCCUGGUGGAGCCGCCCUGGCAUGUGGUCCCCGGAGAGGAGGAAGAGGAGGAGCAGCUGCUGCCUGUGCCCAGACCUCAAGAAGAAUCCCAAAGUCAGGCCCACGGCUUCGCUCCCACCGGCCGCGGCCGGACCCCAGGGGCCCCCGAACGCCGGCGCGAAGAGUCGGGGGACCCGGCCGCCUCGGGUGCGGAGGAGGGGAGCAGCGUGGGGCCGGGCCUCGCCCCGCCCGCAGUCACCCCGAGUCCAGUGACCCUGGGGGGCCCGGGUGUGGCCGGCUUGGGGGCAGGCGGCACGGCGCUGCCAGCCGCGGGGCACGGGCUAGACUUGGAGGCCCCUCGGGGGCCCGGUGAGGAGGCCACUGCGGGAACAGCUGGCUUGGCCGGCCGGCUCGGCGGGGGACCGUCCCCGGCCUCGUUGCCUCAGACAGAAGGUCCCCGCGGGGCUGAGGCCUCAGACGAAGACCCCACGCACCCGGGGGCCUCAGCCUCUUUCUCACUGGCCCCUGGAGACAUGGAGCUGACACCUUCCUCUGCUGCCGUGGGACGAGAGACCCUCAGCCAGCUGCCCCAGGAAGGGCAGACCGCCGACGCUCCGUCUAGAGCACCCUGGGCCUCCACGCAGGUGAUCUGCAAAGACUGGAGCAACCUAGCCGGAAAGAACUACAUCAUCCUGAACAUGGCGGAGAACGUUGACUGUGAGGCGUUCCGGCGGCACCGGGGGCUGCAGCUCCUGGCCCUGGUGGAGGGGGUGCUGCCCCGCCACGGCCGUGGCCGUCACGGAGACUGGCGCAUCUCCCUGAGCAAGCCCAGCAAGGAGGAGCAGCACCUGCUGAUGACCUUGGUGGGCGAGCAGGGGGUGAUGCCCACUCAAGACGUCCUCUCCAUGCUGGGCGACAUCCGCAGGAGCCUGGUGGAGAUUGGCAUCCAGAACUACUCCACCACCAGCAGCUGCCAGGCCCGGGCCAGCCAGGUACGCAGCGACUACGGGACGCUCUUUGUGGUGCUGGUGGUCAUCGGCGCCGUCUGCGUCGUCAUCAUCGUGCUCGGCCUGCUCUAUAACUGCUGGCAGCGCCGGCUGCCCAAGCUGAAACACGUGUCGCACGGCGAGGAGCUGCGCUUCGUGGAGAACGGCUGCCACGACAACCCCACGCUGGACGUGGCCAGCGACAGCCAGUCGGAGAUGCAGGAGAAGCAGCCCAGCCUGAACGGCGGCGGCGCCGUCAACGGCCCGGGGGGCUGGAGCGCGCUCAUGGGGGGCAAGCGCGACCCCGAGGACUCGGACGUAUUCGAGGAGGACACGCACCUGUGAGGGGCUGUGCCCCGCCCGGCCCUCGCCGCGGGGUCCCUGCUUUCCCCCGACUCACGACGCACCUCGGCCCCGUCCCCGGCCCCGUCCCCACCCGACGCCCCUCGGGGCUGCCCCGGGACCCCAUUAAAGCCGCCCGGAGAGCACGCCGGGCCCCGCGCCUCCGCC